UAGAAUGUCAAAAAGAAAUCUUCUUCUACUGUCCAACUCUACCCUACAUCCUACUGGAUAUCUGGAGUAUGCCCAAGAUAUAAUCUGUGAUUUCCUAAAGUCUGGUUCAGUCAGUGAAGUUCUUUUUGUACCUUAUGCACUGAGAGAUCAGGACAGCUAUGCAGGCACAGUGAGAAGUACGUUUGCUAAAUGGGGAUUUCAGGUUAAUAGUGUGCAUGAAGCUGAAGACCCAAAGCUUGCAGUGACCAAAGCGCAGGCAAUUUUUAUUGGUGGUGGAAAUACCUUCCAGUUACUGAAGGGAUUAUAUGAUAACAAUCUUAUUGAACUUAUUAAAAGGCGAGUAUUGAAUGAAGGAGUGCUGUAUAUGGGAUCUAGUGCUGGUACUAAUGUAUCAACUGUUAGUAUUAAUACUACCAAUGAUAUGCCAAUAGUGUUUCCUCCAUCGUUUGCUGCCUUGGGAUUAGUUCCCUUCAAUAUAAAUCCUCAUUAUAUUGAUACAGAUCCAAAUAGUACGCAUAAGGGUGAGACCAGAGAGGAGCGUAUCAUGCAGUACCAAGAGAUUCCUGGUACACCACCCGUCCUAGCUCUUAGGUAAUUAUAAAU